AUGGCGCAGCCCUGGGCCUUUACAGCCCGCCUUCGCGGUAUGCCGAGACCACUCGCUGCGGUGGAUCGUGGUGGCUGUGCGGGGCACUCUGUCCUCGAAGGAGACAUCCUUACGGACUGCGCGGUCACCUGCGUCCCCUUCCUGGAAGGGCAGCCAAGAGCUCAUGGCACCGCCUCGCUCGCAUGGGCCGCUUGCUGGGGCUGUGCCACGAUGGCGGGCAACGAGGUCUGCUUCCAGCCGAACUGGCUCGGCUUGGAGUUGAGCUACGAGCAGUGCUGCGCGGGCGACAUCUUGACUGGCCCGGACUGUUUCAGGCCCUUGGGCGGCUUUUACACUCGCAGCUUCUGCUGCUACGAGCCCGAGGCAGCAGAGGUCUGCGACUGGCAUGAGGUCCUGCAGGCGGUGGCCACCUCCGAACAAGUCGACCACCAGACCUUCACCAGAGUGGCCGCCUUUCCCAUGAUGCUGAGGGAGUUCUGCUGCAUCGUGCCAGGGGAUGGCAGCCACCCCUGCUGGCACGCCUUCGGAGAAGAUGAGAAUGCUGUGCUGCCAGCCCCCUACGUGCAGUGCUGCUUCCCCGUGCUGCGCCGGCUCCUCGGCUCCGAUCCGAUCUGGGCCGAAGAGCUGCAGGAGGAGUUUGCCUCCCUGGGCUCCCGGCGCUGGACGUCCCAGCAGCUCCUAAGCUUCCAGGCAUCCGCGGAGCAGAAGCCCUGCCUCCUCUCCAUCCGCGGCAGCGAGGUUUGGCACCAUGGCCUUGACGCCUGCUGCCCCCAGGACCUUCCAGGCAACGACUGCUCCUACAUCCACGCAGUGGCGCAGGCGCUGCACAUCGUCGGCACUUUGAAGCCGCUACCGGACCUGGACCUGCUUCUGAGCCCCAGCAACCAGGACCGCUACACCGCGCCGGUGCCCGUCUUCACCCGGCACCGCCCGCGGAGACGCAGCGGGCUGCUGCUGCUGCCCGUGGAGUGGCAGCUGUCCCCGGGGCAAAGCCGCAAGCACGCCACGGCGGCGCAGCGCCACGGCGCGCGCAGCGAGUGGAAGUGGCGGAGGAAGGGCCUCUUCUGGCGGGGCACCAACUCCAACUGCUUCAUGUCCUGCGACCUGGGCCAGGUGGCCAGCGGCGGUCAGAGCUGGGACGACUGCCUGCGGAGCUAUGAUUGCGCCCGUCCCUGGUCCUUGGCCAACUUCCUCCACACGGUCCGAGGGCGCUUGGUGUUCAUGUCCCAGUUUUUGGAGAAUCUGGACGCCAAGUGGGUGGGGACGGCGAACCCCAUGGAGGAGGAGCUUUGGAGCUUCUUCGAGGAGAGCGGCUUGACCAGCGCCCGGGUCAGCGAGCGCGAGGCGCAGGCGGAGUGGAGCUACGCCAUCAACGUGGAUGGAACUGGAAGUGGAGACAGGAUCUACUGGCAACUGCUUACCGGCAGUGUUGUCUUGGUCCAGGACAGCCCUUGGGCCUCGUGGCCGCGCUCGCUUGGGAACUUCUCCCGCCUCAUACAACCGGACUUGUCGGAUCUGGUGCGGCAGCUCCAGUGGCUUCAGGACCACGACUCCGAGGCGGAAGAGCUGGCCCUGCGCGGGGAGCGCUGGGCCCGGGAGUUCUUAAGCUUCGACUUCGUCUUGCUCUUCCUGCACGAGGCCAUGCGCCGCUACGCCGGGCACUUCGAUCCCAGCAGCCUCUUGGCCGUGGCGCCAUCCGCCGCCGAGAAGUCGGCUACAGUGGUGAGCAUCUGGCCUUGGGCCACGCACCUUACCGCAGGAUCUCGCGCCCCUGGGCCCCGCAAGCCGCAGCGCGCGCGGAGCCUGCCAGGCACGGCGCACGAGGGCUUUGUGAAGACGGCGGAGAAACUGCUCCAGGAGAUCGAGGAGCGGCUGAGGGAGGAGAUGGAGUCACACCCCGGCUACCACCUGGUCUUCUGUGGGCAUUCCAUGGGCGGCGCAGUAUCUGCCAUGUGCGCCGCGAUUCUUCGAGACAAGGCAUCCUUGCAGACUCACGCCUGGGCGCGGGAGUGCCGUGCCAUGACCAUCGGCACUCCAGCCAGCAUGAGCCGAAACCUGGGGGAACGCCUGGCAGCAGAGAGUGCUGUGUACACCGUGGUGAACGGCCAGGACUGGUCCCCGCGUGCUUCACUGUCGAUCGGCAAGGAGCUGCUGGACGACCUCUGCGAGCUCUCAGUGGCCCGCACCGUGGUGCGCCUCGCCACCGGCGCCGCCUUCCGCCUGAAGGACGAGGAGCCGGCGGAGGUGGAACAGCUACCUCCUGGCCGAAUCCUACAGAUCGUGCCCGGGAAGGACGACACCCACCUUCUCAAGGCGCAAGUCACAGACUAUCGCCACUCCUUCCCUGCUUGGCCGGAUGUGGCGUCCCACAUCCCCUUGGCCUACGUGGAAGGCCUGGCCUCCGGCCUGGCGCGGGCCGCGCGCUGCGACCUCGCCAUGCCCCACCGCGCGGCACGGGCCUUCCCAGCGCUCCAGCGCCUCGCGGCGGAGGCGGACGCCGCGCCGCCGAGCUUCGAGGCCAAGGCACGGCUGCCGGCCUACCCUGACCAGGCUCGGGAGGUGCUCCGGGAGCACCUGGAAGACUUGUGCUCUGAGCAGGUUCUGCCGCUCUGA